UCAAAUUUUAAUGACGAUGGAUUGUCAAAGAUGAUAAUAAAAAAGAAGUGUCCAAAGUAUCUGUUGUCAAAUAUGCAAAACAAAUAAACAUAAAAAAUAAGUUGAAUUCAUGAUAAUCGAGAAUCGCUAAUGGAUUUCAAGCCAACACUGACAUUUUGUGGAAAUGGUCCAUUGUUUCGAUCAAUAGAAUCUCACUUGGUCACAUCAGUCCCAUUGGACACAUGCGAAUGGAAACGAUCCUAUGGUCGACCCGUAAAAAAUGUCCGAGUCGAGGCAUCAUUUCAACCGUUCGAUGCAAAGCAGCUGGAAAAAUUCAAAAAUGAUUGCUGGAGCAUUACGGAACAACCGGUGCUGCAUUUGUAUGUCACCGAGUGUGACAUCGAAACGUACAAGAGUACGGUGAAGGAAGAGAUCGAGAAUUGGUUGAAAAUACUCACCAACCAUGGGAUUUUUGAUUGGAUGAUAUUGCUGGUCGAAACCGUUGACAUAAAAAAGACGAAGAACAUCUUGCCACGCACCACGGUCGUGGACAAGAUGAGAUUGGACUUUGGGGCGAAACACGCCGAUCGUUGCAUUUCCGUAUUGAAUCCGAUAAAAUUUGAGAUGAAGGCAACCGAAUCGUUUCGCUGUCUAUUGCAACGCAUUCGAUUCCUUAUGUUGACGGGCUACAAUAGGAACAUUGUCAAAUACGAGGAACUGAUUCGAACCAAUCGAGAGAAACGGAACCAGGAGGGCUGGAGUUUCAUCAAGUAUUUUUUGUUGCAAGAACAGUUAGCGUUCGUAUUGGAAAAGCUUGGACUGCACAUGGAAGCGUUAGUCCAAUACGACGAAUUGGACGCAAUGUUUUCCCAAUUCGUAUUGAAUUCUGUGUUCGGCGAAAAGCAUCAAUGGCUGAAGGUGUUCGAGAGACAGAUCAAUGACUUCAAUGGCAUUACCAUGAAUCCGAAAAAAAUGGUCGAAACAAGGAAAAAAAUUGUCGACAACACGGCCAGCAUAUUGGAAUUUCGUAGCUAUGUGUUUGAGCGACAGGCAGUGCUACUAAAUGCAUCGGAUCGCCAAUGGGAAAUAGCCGAACGUUUGCUACCCUUUCUGUUCGCUACAAUGAAAGAAAUUGACGCAUUGAAAAAUGAAACUCCAGACGGUGCACUGGCAUGUUGGCAAUUUGUAUGUGCGCUUGAAGUAUUGAAUGUGUGCGAUCGGGCUGUGGAAUCAAAGGAUAUGACAAAUGUGUUCCAUCAUUCAGCACCGAUAUGGAAUCUAGCUAAGGACAAACUUUAUGAAUUGGGUAAACUGUGUGGUCUAUUGCCCGGAUUCACACCGACAUCGGAGCAACUGCAUGUGGUGGUCCAACUGUCUGCUGGGAUUGGAGACAGUUUUCUAGAUGAUGACACUAAAGGCAUUGAAACCGAUAGAUCACAUUCACCUAAAAGACAAGUGAAACAAUCGUCAUCGGAUAGGCUCAAAGAAGCGUUAGGAUCAAAUCAGGCGUUCCAAAAAUUAUAUCUGGAAUUGAGUGAACUUGCAAUCAGCACAUACAAACACGUUGGCAGAUUACGUUCAGCACGAUUAGUGGGAUUGGAUCUCGGCAACUUCUAUUGUACGCUCUCAAAGCCUCAGAAAGCUGUUGUAUUCUUCACUGAUCUGUUGCGCGAAUUGAAGACAGAAAAAUGGAAUUAUCUAGCCAGUCAAACGCUACUCGAACUAGCGAGUUGCUUUCGGAAAAUGGAAGAUUUCACAGCGUACACACGAACGUGUGGAUCAAUAUCUUGCUGCUUGGAUUUGGAGAUUUUGGUCCGAACAUUUUACUUUGACGAAUUUCUGCUAUCGUUGAAAACGAUCAAAAAACCACUCAACGACGAUGGUUCCGACGAGACAAUAAUCAAUGGGCUGGAAGACCAUUUCCAUUUGUUAUCGAUUGAUGUACAGAAUGCGGCACAAAUUAUUCAGGACGAUGUCAUCGUGGCACAAAUUAAAAUCGAAAGUCAUUUUCCACGAGAGAUUCUGGCUAAUCAAAUUUCAGUGGCUUAUGGCACUUACGAUAAACUUGUUGUCGACUCAACGAAACAGAAUGAAAUGCUGUCCAUGUCGUUGCACUUAGACCAUAAACAGGAUAACAGUCUCAGUACAGCAUCAGUUGUGUGCACAUCUAAAUCUCAACCGAGUAGUCGACGCAGCAGUAAGCUACCGCGAAACGUUGUUCGCUCCGAUUUUAAUAACGAAAUUUCAACGAAGAACAUUGCCAUUAAGCCGGGUGUAAACAUUAUUGAACUGCAGUCUAAAGCGACGCGAGUGGGCACGUGGACAUUCAAACAGUUAUCCAUUGUUGUUGACGAAAAAAUGGAAUAUUUAUCGGAUGGAUUAUCGGUCAAACAAACACCGUUCGAGAUUACAACCAAAGCAGCAAGUGCUGUUCUUAGCUUUAAGAAUCUGGUGGCUGGCAUCAAACAACCUGUAAAACUGAUCAUUUCCGGUGGCAGUUUCAUAUUCCCAAAGUCCACCACGAUAACGCUGAAAUGUUCGAAAAACUUGAAAAUUCGAUCGUUCGAAAAUGACUGUGACAGUACAUUCAAACCGGAACUGUCCAUUCGGUUGGAGAAUUUCAAAUCAUUCGACGAAAUGACAAUUUCAUUGGAAGUCAUUUGCGAAUUGCCGGGACAACGAGACGAAAAGUACUUUGAGCAUUUGGUCUCUUUGCAUUGUCCGUGGUCACGGAACGAAAUUCCCAUUCCGUUGCAUUUUAUGCCGCCAUUUGUAGCGUCGUGUCGGUUACACUCAUCGGAAACACGGAAAUAUCUGCAAGUUAUAAUUAAAGGAACGGAGGCAUCAUUGACUUUGUCCGCAGCCAAAAUGACCUGCGACUACAAAGGCGUUAAUUUAAAGGAUCAAAACCCCAAAUCUCAAAACGAAACUCGAAUCUACCAGGGUCUGACGGUAUCUUAUUUGUGGGAAAUUGAAGUGGAACCGUUGAAAGCCGAAAAUGAACUGCCGGUGAUAAAAGUAAACUUUAACGUUCAGUACGCCCACAGUGAUGAUCCAGAUGAUAAGCGAAAUUUUGUUUGCAAAUUCGAUGUGCAAGACUAUACGACUCUGUUUCGUAUCUACGCCAAAAUUGAGUCAACCGAACUGUGUCGGGUCGGUUCGGUGUGCCAUUUGAAUCUAUCGAUCUGUAAAAUACAAGAAAGUUCGUUCGGCGAUUUAAUGUACGAAGUGCUGCCCGAUCAGCAUACGUGGGCGGUUUGUGGACGAACAGCUGGUGUUAUUAGUUCAGAGGGACAAUCGGUCAUUUUGGACAUUUUGCCGCUGUGUGCCGGUUUCUUACCGAUGCCCAAUGUUCGACUGUCAAAGUACAUUCCAGCUGGACGAAAUGAAAUCCAUCCGAAAUUGGAACCAUUUCCACCCGGCCAAGUGUACAAUGCUACGAAGAGUGUUCAAAUUCAUGUUUUAGCCAGCGCUACAGAGGGAAACUAGUACUAUUGUCGGCCAACAUUUUAGCGAUACAAUUACAAAGCUACACAACACUGUAUCUAAGACACACAAUAAAGAUAUUUUCAUUUAUCGGAAUUUAA